GGCCGCUCCGCGCGUGCGCAAGGCAGCCGGCGGCUCGGGUUGCAGGCGCGCGGGUGAGAGCGCCUGUCAGCCGCUGGGUCGGUCCUCCCGCUGGCCCUCCCCCUCCCCGGCCUUCGGGGCAGGCGCGGUGGAGCCCGCCCCUCGGGUUCCCCGAUGGGGGAGAAGCGGCGACGGCGGCAGUGGAGUGAGCGAGCCGGAGUGUGAGUGGCCCCGCGGCGGCCAUGGGCGACCCAGCCCCCGCCCGCAGCCUGGACGACAUCGACCUGUCCGCCCUGCGGGACCCUGCAGGAAUCUUUGAGCUGGUGGAGGUGGUUGGCAAUGGAACCUAUGGACAGGUGUACAAGGGGCGGCAUGUCAAGACUGGGCAGCUGGCUGCCAUCAAGGUCAUGGAUGUCACAGAGGAUGAGGAGGAAGAGAUCAAACAAGAAAUCAACAUGUUAAAGAAGUACUCUCACCAUCGCAAUAUUGCCACCUACUAUGGGGCCUUUAUCAAGAAGAGCCCUCCUGGGAACGAUGACCAGCUCUGGCUGGUGAUGGAGUUCUGCGGUGCUGGUUCAGUGACAGACCUGGUGAAGAACACAAAAGGGAACGCUCUGAAGGAGGACUGCAUUGCUUACAUCUGCAGGGAGAUUCUCAGGGGUCUUGCCCAUCUCCAUGCCCACAAGGUGAUCCACCGAGAUAUCAAGGGACAGAACGUGCUGCUGACAGAGAACGCUGAAGUCAAGCUAGUGGAUUUUGGGGUGAGUGCUCAGCUGGACCGCACUGUGGGCAGGCGGAACACUUUCAUUGGGACCCCAUACUGGAUGGCUCCAGAAGUCAUUGCCUGUGAUGAGAACCCUGAUGCCACCUAUGACUACAGGAGUGACAUUUGGUCUCUAGGAAUCACAGCCAUUGAAAUGGCAGAGGGAGCCCCCCCUCUGUGUGACAUGCACCCUAUGCGGGCUCUCUUCCUCAUCCCUCGGAACCCUCCCCCCAGGCUCAAGUCAAAGAAAUGGUCUAAGAAGUUCACUGACUUCAUUGACACGUGUCUCAUCAAGACUUACCUGAGCCGCCCACCAACCGAACAGUUACUCAAAUUUCCCUUCAUCCGAGACCAGCCCACGGAGCGGCAGGUCCGCAUCCAACUCAAGGACCACAUUGACCGAUCCAGGAAGAAGCGGGGUGAGAAAGAGGAGACAGAGUAUGAGUACAGCGGAAGUGAGGAGGAAGAUGACAGCCAUGGAGAGGAAGGCGAGCCAAGCUCCAUCAUGAAUGUGCCUGGGGAGUCCACACUGCGCCGAGAAUUCCUCAGACUCCAGCAGGAGAAUAAGAGCAACUCUGAGGCCCUAAAGCAGCAGCAGCAGCUGCAGCAGCAGCAGCAGCGGGACCCUGAGGCACACAUCAAACACCUGCUGCACCAGCGGCAGCGUCGCAUAGAGGAGCAGAAAGAGGAGCGGCGACGCGUGGAGGAGCAACAGCGGCGAGAGCGAGAACAGCGUAAGCUACAGGAGAAGGAGCAGCAGCGGCGAUUGGAGGACAUGCAAGCCCUGCGGCGAGAGGAAGAGAGGCGGCAAGCAGAGCGGGAACAGGAAUACAAGCGGAAGCAGCUGGAGGAGCAGCGGCAGUCGGAGCGGCUCCAGAGACAGCUGCAGCAGGAGCAUGCCUACCUCAAGUCCCUGCAGCAGCAGCAGCAGCAGCAGCAGCAGCUCCAAAAGCAGCAGCAGCAGCAGAUCCUGCCUGGAGACAGGAAGCCCCUGUAUCAUUAUGGUCGGGGCAUUAAUCCUGCUGACAAGCCAGCAUGGGCCCGAGAGGUGGAAGAGAGAGCACGGAUGAACAAGCAGCAGAACUCUCCCUUGGCCAAGACGAAGCCAAGCACUGCAGGGCCAGAGCCCCCCAUCUCCCAGACCUCUCCUAGCCCCCCAGGACCUCUUUCCCAAACUCCUCCUAUGCAGAGGCCUGUGGAGCCACAGGAAGGACCACACAAAAGCCUGGUGGCACACCGGGUCCCGUUGAAGCCAUAUGCAGCACCUGUACCCCGAUCCCAGUCCCUGCAGGACCAGCCCACACGAAACCUGGCUGCCUUCCCAGCUUCUCAUGACCCUGACCCUGCUGCUGUCCCCACACCCACUGCCACACCCAGUGCCCGAGGAACAGUCAUCCGCCAGAAUUCAGACCCCACUUCUGAAGGGCCUGGGCCUAGCCCAAACCCUCCAUCCUGGGUCCGGCCUGAUAAUGAGGCUCCACCCAAGGUUCCUCAGAGGACCUCAUCUAUUGCCACUGCCCUUAACACCAGUGGGGCCGGAGGGUCCCGGCCAGCUCAGGCUGUCCGUGCCAGACCUCGCAGUAACUCCGCCUGGCAAAUCUAUCUGCAGAGGCGGGCAGAGCGGGGCACCCCCAAGCCUCCCGGGCCCCCAGCUCAAUCCCCUGGCCCGCCCAACACCUCUAGUAACCCUGACCUCAGGAGGAGUGACCCUGGCUGGGAGCGCUCAGACAGUGUCCUCCCGGCCUCCCACGGCCACCUCCCUCAGGCCGGCUCCUUGGAGCGGAACCGAAACCGUGUGGGAGCCUCCACAAAACUGGACAGCUCCCCAGUGCUCUCCCCUGGGAACAAAGCCAAGCCUGAAGACCACCGCUCAAGGCCAGGCCGGCCCGCAGAUUUUGUGUUGCUCAAAGAGCGGACUCUGGAUGAGGCCCCUAAGCCUCCCAAGAAGGCCAUGGACUAUUCCUCAUCCAGUGAGGAGGUGGAGAGCAGUGAAGAUGAGGAGGAAGAAGGCGAUGGGGAGCCAUCAGAGGGGAGCAGAGACACUCCUGGGGGCCGCAGUGAUGGCGAUACAGACAGUGUCAGCACCAUGGUGGUUCAUGAUGUUGAGGAGAUAUCCGGGACCCAGUCCUCAUAUGGGGGAGGCACCAUGGUGGUCCAGCGUACUCCUGAAGAGGAACGAAGCCUGAUGCUUGCUGAUAGCAAUGGCUACACAAACCUGCCGGAUGUGGUUCAGCCUAGCCACUCACCUACUGAGAACAGCAAAGGUCAAAGCCCUCCAACAAAGGAUGGAGGCGGUGAUUACCAGUCUCGUGGGCUGGUAAAGGCUCCAGGAAAGAGCUCAUUCACCAUGUUUGUGGAUCUAGGGAUCUACCAGCCUGGAGGCAGUGGGGAUACCAUCCCUAUCACAGCCCUAGUGGGUGGAGAAGGUGGUCGCCUUGAUCAGCUGCAGUUCGAUGUGAGGAAGGGCUCUGUGGUCAACGUCAAUCCCACCAAUACCCGAGCUCAUAGUGAAACUCCUGAGAUUCGCAAGUACAAGAAGCGAUUCAAUUCAGAGAUCCUCUGUGCAGCCCUCUGGGGGGUCAACCUCCUAGUGGGCACAGAGAAUGGGCUGAUGUUGCUGGACCGAAGUGGGCAGGGCAAAGUGUAUGGACUUAUUGGGCGACGCCGCUUCCAGCAAAUGGAUGUCCUGGAAGGGCUCAACUUGCUCAUCACCAUCUCAGGGAAAAGGAACAAACUGCGGGUGUAUUACCUGUCCUGGCUUCGGAACAAGAUUCUACACAAUGACCCAGAGGUGGAAAAGAAGCAGGGGUGGACCACCGUGGGGGACAUGGAGGGCUGUGGACACUAUCGUGUUGUGAAAUACGAGCGAAUUAAGUUCCUGGUCAUUGCCCUGAAGAACUCUGUGGAGGUGUAUGCCUGGGCCCCCAAACCCUACCACAAAUUCAUGGCCUUCAAGUCCUUUGCUGACCUCCCUCACCGCCCUCUGCUGGUGGACCUGACCGUAGAGGAGGGACAGCGGCUUAAGGUCAUCUACGGCUCCAGCGCUGGCUUCCAUGCUGUGGAUGUUGACUCUGGGAACAGCUAUGACAUCUACAUCCCUGUACAUAUCCAGAGCCAGAUCACACCCCAUGCCAUCAUCUUCCUCCCUAACACUGAUGGCAUGGAGAUGCUGCUGUGCUAUGAAGACGAGGGUGUCUAUGUCAACACUUACGGGCGGAUCAUCAAGGACGUGGUGCUGCAGUGGGGAGAGAUGCCCACCUCUGUGGCCUACAUCUGCUCCAACCAGAUAAUGGGCUGGGGUGAGAAGGCCAUAGAGAUCCGCUCUGUGGAGACAGGCCACCUAGAUGGGGUCUUCAUGCACAAACGAGCCCAGAGGCUCAAGUUCCUGUGUGAGCGGAAUGAUAAGGUGUUUUUUGCCUCAGUCCGCUCUGGAGGAAGCAGCCAAGUUUACUUUAUGACUCUGAACCGUAACUGCAUUAUGAACUGGUGACAAGGCCCCUGGGCUGGGGCUCCCCACAUGGACCCAGCUCUCUUCCCACAGCCAGACUACCCAGGCCGCCCCUGCCCUUCCCCCCCCACCCCUUGGGCUUUUGCUUUUACUGGUUUGAUUCACUGGAGCCUGCUGGGAACGUGACCUCAUAUCCCUGAAGCUUUUGUGAUCACGUGACCAUCCUUUCACCCAACAUUCUCAAAACUGUGCCUUUCCCCAACUUCUGGGGAAUGACACAGCUUCCUCCCCCUUACCAAGAAUUAAGUGGGACUUGCUCCUCCCCUUUUCUCCACAGAAGAGGAGAGUGCUUGGGGCUUGGACCCCUUACCCCAUUGCUGCUGAGCAGGGCCCUGACCCCUUUAUUUGCACGCCAGGGGAGCCGGCUCCCCCCUUGAAUGUACCAGACUCUGGGGGGGGGCUGGUAUUCACUGGGCCCUGGGUUCUGGGGGAGGGGGGCGGUCACCAGCCACUCCAGGGACAGGGACCAUUUCCUCAUUUUCUGAAAGCACUUUAAUGAUUGCCCCUCCCCAGCCCCCAGGGAAUGGAGGAGGGACCCCAUAGCCAAAACAUUCCCCCCUUUCCUCCCCACUCCCACCCCUUCCAGCCCCUUCCCUUCCCUAGAGGGAGCGAGCUCAGAGCUCCCACCCUCCAUCCUCCCUUGCUUGCAUCUGUAUAUAGUGUGAGCAGUAAGUAGCCCUUCUCCCUCCUGUAUCCUUUCUCAAUGUAGUGGCCUUGGAUAUCCCCUUUGUUAAUAAAGACAAUUCAACCAGCUUCCACCA